AUGUCCUACCCAGACCUCACACAAUUCAAGGCUCUUUCCUUCGAUUGCUUUGGAACAUUGAUAGACCAGGAAUCUGGUUUUAUUGCCGGCUUGGAGUCCAUCCUUUCUCGCCUCCCUUCGUCAAGCAACUACAAGAACAACCCCAUAGAACUGGUCCGACGCCUCAAUGCCCUUGCCUGGGAUCUGGAAGUUUCGGAACCAGAAUUGCGCUACGACUUAAUCUUGUCGCAGUCGUUUGAGAGACUUGCAGGUGAACUGGAUGUUUCCGUAUCUGAGGAUGAGCUAGAUGAUGUUCGAUCAUGGGUCGGCAGAUGGGUGCCUUUCCCCGAUUCGGUUCCAGGGUUGGAGAUCCUCAAAAAGCAUUUCAAGUUAAUCAUCCUGUCAAAUGUCGAUAACGCGAACAUCUCCAGGACACUGGAUCAUUUCCGGCCCUCCGUCGAGUUUGACAAGGUCUACACUGCGCAAGACAUUGGUAGCUACAAGCCCUCGCAUCGGAACUUCAACUACCUGUUCACCCAUGUCAAGGAUGAGUUGAACGUGGACAGAGAGAAGGGAGAGUUACUACAUGUUGCGAGAAGCCUGACUGCGGAUCACGUUCCUGCAAAACAAAUUGGGCAGAGGAGCGUCUGGAUCUCACGUGGUGGGGAGACGAGGCAAGGACAAGGGGUGGGUGGAGAUUACGAGAAGUUGAAAGGAGACGUUGCUUUUGAGUGGCGAUUUGAUAGUAUUGGAAAGUUCGCCGAAGAAGUAGAGAGGCAAUUCCGCGAGAAGGGAGUCUAG